AUGAGAGAUAGAACGAAGAAAAGAACACAUUACCCAUUAAACCAUAACCUUGAAUUAAUCUCAAUGGGUAAAAAAGUGAAGAGCGUGGCACUCCCUCCCACAGUGGGCGUGGCGUGUCGCCACUCACACGAAGGGCCUGCUUCGUGUGAGCUUCGUGAGCUUCACGAGCUUGAAAGUAAGCUUCGUGAGCUUGAAAGUAAGCUUCGUGAGCUUGAAAGUAAGCUUCGUGAGCUUGAAGGUAAGCUUCGUGAGCUUGAAGGUGAGCUUCGUGAGCUUGAAGGUAAGCUUCGUGAGCUUGAAGGUGAGCUUCGUGAGCUUGAAGGUAAGCUUCGUGAGCGUGAAGGUAAGCUUCGUGAGCUUGAAAGUAAGCUUCGUGAGCGUGAAGGUAAGCUUCGUGAGCUUGAAGGUAAGCUUCGUGAGUUUGAAGGUAAGCUUCGUGAGCGUGAAGGUAAGCUUCGUGAGCUUGAAAGUAAGCUUCGUGAGCGUGAAGGUAAGCUUCGUGAGCUUGAAAGUAAGCUUCGUGAACUUGAAAGUAAGCUUCUUGAGCUUGAAGGUAAGCUUCGUGAGCUUGAAAGUAAACUUCGUGAGCUUGAAAGUGAGCUUCGUGAGCUUGAAAGCAAGCUUCAUGAGCCUGAAAUGAGCUUCGUGAGCUUGAAAGUGAGCUUCGUGAGCUUCGCCCUCACACACGUGGGGUCCACGGUUCGAGUCUCUUAG